GGGAAAGCGUUUACAAGAGUAUAAAUGGCUGUACUGAUGCGGCGAAAAGUGAGAAGAGUUAGGAGAAUUGAACUUGGGGAAAAUCUACAACAAUGGAGCUCAGUUCAUUGAUUUUUCUGAUCCUUUCAUGCUCUCUUUGUUACGUUUUUGCAUUGUCACCGAAACAAGAGGUGUGUCUACUUCAAGUAGAUGAGGGACCUUGCAGAGGAAAUAUCCAACGUUACUACUACAAUACUAUCACUCAACAAUGCGAAGAGUUUGUCUAUGGAGGCUGCCAAGGGAAUGCAAACAACUUCAUGAGUUUUCUGGCGUGUCAGAAAGCAUGUUUUAGAAUACCAAAGAUCCCCCAGAUCUGCAGGUUCCAGAAAGAGGUGGGUCCCUGCCGGGCCAAUUUCUUGAGCUACUUCUUCAACAUGACCACCAUGCAGUGUGAGCAGUUCGUCUACGGAGGCUGCCAGGGCAACGAGAACCGCUUCCAGGACCAGUUGUCUUGCAUGGAGUACUGCAGACCACACAAAACUACUCCUGUGCUCUGCCUGGAUCCCCUGGAUAAAGGAGGGUGUGCUGCAUCUAUACCGCGCUACUACUACAACUCAGCCUCCAGGAUGUGUGAGCAGUUCAUCUAUUCAGGUUGUGGAGGAAGCAGCAACAACUUUAUAUCCAGACAAAGCUGCAUGGACGUCUGUGCUAAAGCUGGGAAACCAUGGAUAAGCAGAAAAACAGGCAGAAGAGCAGGCAUGAUGAGAACAACUACCAAAAACCGUAUUAGAAUAAAGCCUAAUAACAAUAUUAAAUGGUCAACAAUAUGAUUCAGUGAUUUUAUUCAAAGGGGCACAUGAAUUGACCAUAAAUGGACUAACAUUGACAUGUUGAAUUGUAUUUUUUUUACUGCACCAUAAUUGACUUGCUACUUGCACUGCGUUGUCUGUAAUGGUUCAUUGUGAUGCACAGUUGAAAAUAGCAAACCAAUCAAUCAAAUGUGAAUCAACCUACACCAGCAGUAUUUUUGCUGAGUAGGUUUCUCAAGACAGUUUGUAUUGUAGUAUACAUUUACCAUGGCAACUAUCAUACAAUAUAAAAAUAUAUUUUUGUAGAAUUUUUUUAAUGUAUUUUAGAUUUUUUUUUAAACACUUUAAUAGUUUACUGUUUUCCACCAUUUAUGAUGAAGUUAUACUGAGGCACUGUUUAAAUUGUUAAUCAAUAUUAGCAAAAUAAUUGAUGUAUUUUUUUGUGUUUUCAAAAUAGUACAUUUUAACAAAAACCUUCGCACCAUGACAUAAUGGAUAUAAUAAAAUAACUCAGACAUUUUUGUCUGUACACUACUCAGUUGUUUUUCUCCCAUUUGUCCUGAAAUUCCACUUUGCCUCUAAAUAUAAUCCUGUUACUAAGCAGGAAUAAGAACUGAAUGUGUGUCCUCUUUUUUUUCCAUGUAUGCUUGCAUUGUCACCAUGCCCCUUCUCAUCCAAGAGCUUGAUAGCUGUUUCUCUCCCUAUCCCACUUUCCGUCCUAAAUCUUUAACUUUCUCUUGCUUUGACUGGGUUAUUUUCAGCCCCUUCAGAACAGCCGGACUAGAGGAAGAUGGCAACCAUUACAUUUUACAUACGCAACUUACAGGCGCAAUUAGGGUUAAGUGCCUUGCUCUGAUUUUUCACCAGGUCGGCUCAGGGAUUCGAACCAGCGACCUUUCAGUUACUGGCCCAAUGCUCUUAACAACUAGUGUACCUGCUGCCCCACUUAAUAGAUGGAGAGAGUUAUGGCAGCACAUUCUAUACUUUGCUGGCCUUAGAAGGAAGUCAACAAACUAUAUUUACAUUAACCUCAUUACCAGAGUCUGUAUAUAGAGUAUCGGAAAGUCAACACAACGUAAUCUGUGAUACAGAAUACUGACACAACUGCAGGUACAUUCCCACCCAUUAUACAAUAACAUGACAUUUCCAAUCUAUUUUGUUGUUUUGACAUGAACCCUAACUUGUAGGUUUCUGUUGAGAAACCAACUCAAUAGAAAAGUAAUAACGUGUUCUGUUCAUGCUCAUGCAUUUUUAUUUUAUGUGUAAAUAUUCAUUUU